AGGUCAUUGGUUGUAAUAUGUACGUCGUGACCGUCACUGGUCAUUAGUUGUAUUGUUGCAUUAUUAUUAUCAAAUCGAAUUGGAGAUACAUUUCCUAAUUUUCUAGUGGAACUAGUAUAAAUAUGGAAGAGAAUCAUCCAUGAACCAUUCUCAAUCUUUACUUGACAUCGAAUCGUACAGACGUCUAAUCCCUACCAACCCGACACCAUGAUGAAGGUAUUGUUUCUGUUGUCCUGCCUCGUGGCUAGUGGGCUCUGCCAUUAUUAUGGAAAUUCCUUUGGUAAUGGUUUUGGAAAUGGAUUUGGGUCAUCACGAUUUGACGAUGGAUAUGGACAAGAUCUUGGAUUUUCUGGUAAUGAUGGAUUUGGAUCUGGAUUCGGAUCAGGAUUUGGAUCCGGAGUUGGAUCCGGAUUUGGAUCCGGUUUUGGAUCUGGAUUUGGAGCUGGAUCCGGAUUUGGAUCCGGUUUUGGAUCUGGAUAUGGAUCUGGAUUUGGAAAUAUCUACGGCCGAGGAGGAAACGGACUAGGAAGCUUUGGACGUGGAUACGGAAACAGAGGGAUGAGGAGAAGUCCUGUAAUUGGUGGAUAUUAAGACAGCAGAAAUUACAGAUUCAUCUAACACAGUAUAUUCCAUCAUCACCAUCAUCAUGACCAUCACCUUAUUUAUUACCAAAAAAGAUUUUCUCUAAUAAAAUAUUUCUGACAAAUGA